GAAGAAAGAAAAAAACUUAUUACAAAAAGCAUGAGAAAUAUUCUGAACGAAGAUAAAAACGCAAAAUUUUAAAAUAAAGAAAGGGUAAAAAGAGAACAUAGGCAAAAAAGUAAUUGUUGAAGAAAGGUGUAGUGAUUCCAUAAUUUCUAAUAAAAAAAACGAAAAAUUCGUUAUCAUUUAGGAAACCUACUUAUAAAUAGCAUAUGUGUGAUAAAUUAAAAAGAAAUAGAGGAAAAAAACUGAAUACCAAAGAUAUGCGAAAUAUUGCUAAUUAAUAGGGAGUAGUGAAAAAGUGAAUGUGACCGAGAUUUAAAAGAAAGCAAAAAAAAAAAAAAGAAGAAAAUGUGUGUGUGCGUAUGUCAGACAAAUAUCAUAGAAAAGCAAAUGCAUAUAUAUUCAUUCCAAAACCUUAAAUUGUGUUCGAGAUAUUUAGCUUAAAUUUAUCAUUGAACAUAAAGAAACAAAUUUAUCUCAAAAAAAAUUACUUCUUUCAUAUUUUAUUCAAGUGAAAAAAUAUAUGAGAAGUGACGUGUUUUGUUGGUUAGUUAGAAAGUGACAACUAGACUUUGCGUAGUUUAAUGCAUUGCGUCUGACAUAAAUUAUAAAAAAAAUUUUCAUAAAAUAAUAAAAGAGGAACAUAUGCGGCUGAGUUUUUCAAUUUCUAUGUAAAUGAAAUGGCGAAAAUAUUUUGACAUGUAAAAAAAAAAAAAAAUAAAAAACGUCGUGUUUUCUUUGCAAACGGUGAAAUUCUUUCUUCAAAACCAAUGUUAGAAAGAAAAUAUUAAAUAAAUUAAAGACAUUAAAAUGCUUUGCAGACGUAUUGUUUUUCAGUACGGCGAAUGACUCUUAAAAUCCAUUAACAUUAAGUGGAGUGAGAGAAAAAAGAAUAAUUGUCAUACAUUCUUCUGAAAAAAAUAACUGCUGAUACAUAUGUAGGUGUGCAGCGCAAAAUGAUUGACAGAAAAAAGGAUCAUUUAAAAAAAAAUGUGAUAUAAAUUUUUUUUUCACACAAGAAAACGCAGUAAGUUGAUAGUGAGUAAAUUUGUUUGUGGUGUGUAAAAUUAAGUUUGCGUUUGUUUAUGAAAAACUGUUUUUGCUAUACCUGAUGUGUGUUUACCGGCUUUAAUCGUUAGAGUUGUAAAGGAAGGUCGAUAUGAAUUGAAAUCGUGGGAGAAGAGGGAAUAACAGAAACUAAAAUCAGUCGAUUUAAUUUCCUACUUUAAUGGCAUUGGCAGCAUCCUUAGGACCGUUGUUGUCGCUUUCGUUGCGGUCGUUGUCGUCAUCAUCAACAUUGCUGUCAGCAUUAUUGUUGCUGGCAUCUCAGUUGUUGUUGUUGCUGCUGCCUUUUCAUAACCUUUCGAUUUGAAAAAAUGAACAAUGAAAGUAUUAAAUCGCCCAAAAUUAGUACAACAUAUUCUACUUCAAACGCAAAUACAUCUAACGCAACAACAGCAACAGUUACAGCAGGAGCAGGAAGCGGUCACAUACAUUCAACAACUGCUGUACACGUCAACGCAACUGUUAACGCAAUUGAAGCCGCUGUCAAUGCCAGUGACAACGGUCACCUGUCAGUUUCGUCAUCUAACGCUGCCGCAGUUGUUGCAGUUGCUGUUUCAUCUUUGGCUGCAGCCAUAAUACUGGAUACACCAAUCGUUUCCAUUGCUGGUUCAACAUUAAGCGAAAUCACUACAACCACUACAUCAACCAAGACCACACCGACACCGGUGCCCACCAAAAAAGAGACCAAUAAUAAUCCUAAUAGAAAUUCUGCUAAUUUGAAGAACAACAUUAACAUUAGCAGCAGCAAUAAAUCAACCGUUACCGAUUUCAUUUUAUUGCCAUCAUCGGCGCCAUUAUCUAAAUCAUCAUUAACUGCUACGGCUUCAAAACUAAUGUCGGAUGCGAAAACGACAGUUACCGGCGCAGUAAAGAACGCCAAUAUCACCACCAACAAUAUUGGUGUUACAGUUGAACCAAGCAGCUUUUUCAUACAAAAUACGACCACUGAAACCGCAACUACAAUUAGUUCUACUUACUCCCCAAAAUAUAUAAAUACUACCAACUCUUCCAUUAGUGCUCAAAAUACUAUUAAAAAGGAUUCAACUUCCAUCAAUAAAUCAAGAGAAACAAAGGAAUCAUAUAUCGAUUUAAAAAGUGAACAUUCGGCCGCUGUUGCCGUUAUUAAUACUACUAAUACUAGCAGCUAUCCAACAGUUGCUAACAGAAUCGAUGAAAGCAAUUCCAUUGAAUUAAAGUCAAAGGAAUCUCCAUAUGAGUCAUGGGAGGAGUGUCGCUUAAAAGAUUGGGAUGAUAAUCAACUGAAGGAAUUGCUAGAAGAAGCUUAUCAUUAUAAAAAUCCACGUGAUAAGGAGAACAAGAGCAAAGCAUUUUUGAAAUUACUCGAGAAAGCCGAAAAUGAAGAAACAUCAUAUCCUUUUUGUGCAAUAACACCACGCAAUUUGUCCACAUCAAUUACGUCCAAUAGUUAUUAUAACUAUAAUCAGCAAAACGCCCAUCAUCAUCAUUCACACAGCCAUAAUAGUCAACAUCAGCCGCAUAGAUCCCAUCAUCACCAUCAUCAUCACAAGCAGGGUGGCUCCUUGCAAGAUCUCGUCAACGAAACACAACUGGACUGUGAUCAAGCGUUUGGUAAUAACAGUGUGAGUGGUAGUCAACGUACACGACGUCAAAAUCACAAUUCCCGACAAAAGAAAUAUUCCUCUUCCGUAUCUUCACGUCAACGUGAAGGGGGUAGUUUGCCUAGUAACGUUAAUGUUACCCACCAACUCGGUUUAUGCGGCAAUUUGACUACCAACGAGUUAAGUUUUAUGCAUGACGUAGCAGCAGCGGUAGCCACAACAACGCUUAAAUCUAGUAAAAAAGAACAGCGACGCAACGCGAAGGCAGCUGCUGCUGCAGGCGGCGUAACACCUAUGGAAGCCAAUAAAGAAAUGCCAACAGCAACUACUCCGCUGUUGUCUACCAAUAAUAAUAGCAAUAUUUCUGAAGUGCUAACGUCUACGGGCGGCGAUAAUAAUGCCACCGUUGCAAGUACUUCAGGUUCAAUUUUGGCCAUAACCAGUGCAGGCGAUUGUGUUAUCGAAAUGGGCGAACCAAUGAUGGAUAUACAGCAACAACACCGAAUUCUGCAAUCCAAAGGACAAGAUGUAGCUACACAGGGCCUGGCAUAUUAUGAACGUUUAGCUAGCAUUGAUAAACGUAUACCUAGAGCUAACAUUACCGGUCCAAAAGUCGGCUGUAAUAUUGCUCCAACACUAUCACACUGUUAUGUGGAUGAAAAGAUACACUUUAGUAAUCUAGAAUGUUACGAUGCCAACACUGCUGAUAACGAAUCAACCACUUCCGUGGCAGCAGUUGAUACUAAAUAUGUACCACUCGAUGAGAACUAUAAAUCCUGCAAAUCAAUUUUGGGCAUUGAUCCGUUAAAGUCAAAGGAUAUGUUACAUAAAUCUAAACCUAUAACGACUUAUAUUAAAGCGGCACCACCUGCCCCUGGUACGAUGUCAACGAUGUCUAGCGGUGGCUCUGCAUCUAAUGCCACAACUCUCUGCCAACAACAACAGCAUCGUCAUUUGGAUGAAAACGGUAACGCUCUAAGUGAAUUUUAUCAAAAUGCUACUAACAUUAGUAACGGAGCAACCAUACACAUAAAUGCUGUCUCACCCCUAGGAGCUAUAAAUGUAAAUUCGUCUUCAUCGUCUGCAACUAUCGCGGGAUUGGCAGGUUCGUGUACUAAUGUGUCUGUUUCCGCUACAGUAACUAUACCGUCACAGCACACAACAUCGACAACGGUCUCUACGUCGGCAACGAUUACCACCCCUAUGGGUUCGGCAGCUUCACAAAUGAAAGCAAAAACGAUGACCCGAUCGCAACAGGAACGCACUAAAAAUGCCAACAAUAAACGUGAACGCAAUACAAAGACGGUUGAUUUAGAGUCUGUAGUUGGUUAUCGUGGCACGGAGCCAGUCGAAGAGCUGGUUAAAUAUAUAGAAAGUAGUGGUGAAGAUAAACAGGGCGGUGGUAAUUCCUCAAAGAGUAGUGAUAAAAAGAAAGAUCGUAAAAAGGAAAGAGAUCGCGAGAAAGACAAGGAUAAACAACAAAAGUUAACAAAGAGUAAUUCAUUGGAAGAACUGCGCAGUGGGGCUAAAUUUGAGCUGCAAGAAGAAUUGAAAAGAACUGCAGCCACAACUGAAAAUAAUGCUGGAAUUAUCCGUCAAAAGAAUAACAGCAGCAGCAAACACAAGAAUAAUUCUUCUUCAACGGCUGAAAUUAACAAAAAUUUUGAGAAUAAAUCACAAAGUAAUAACAAUAAUGCACGUAAAACGGAAAGAAGAUCCUGGGGCAAUGAAGAUCUCAAAUAUCUGGAAGACCAGCAAAACGCUAAUGUUGUAUGCACAGCUGAGGAUAAAGCCGCAGCAAUCAAAGAACGUAAAGGAGCUGGAAAAUCGUCAAAUAACAAUAAAGAAGACAGGGAGCAUGUGAAAGAGAAGACGGCAGAACGCAAUGAACGUAACCUUAAUAAUAUACAGGUUAACGUGUCUAUGGGCUCAGGCGAAGCAAUAUCAGGGAUGAUGGCUGCUAACAACAGGCCGGAAAGAUUUGAGAGAGCUGAAUUGAGAAUGGAAAGAAGAAUGAUGGUAGAUAGACCAGAUAGAACUAGAAAGGAAUCGCGAUCGGAACCUGUAAAAAUUGUUGGUAUAACUGCUCUCGAUUCUGUUGUCCCAGAGACCGCUGAAUUUCAUGUAGUUACUAAAAAGAGAAAGCCCAAAAAGAAGGUCGUAAAUAAUUUGGAAGAGACUACUGUGACCUUACAACGCUCGCACAAUUUCGGCGCGCAAAAGUCCGGGGCAUUCAAUCAGCAAGCUCAACAACAACAACAACAACAACAAUCAAUAUCACAGCGUUACAAAUAUCAACAACAGCAGCAACACGACAAUGGUCAUCAAGGAUCUAAUAGCAACCACACACAACAACAACAGCAAUACGGUGCUAUUAAUAAUAAUAAUAAUAAUAAUCAUAAUAAUAAUAGUAAUAAUAAUAAUAUAACACAACAUCAUGUGAUAGCAACUGGCACCGUGCAACAUAAUAAUGAUAAAUCUAGACGCAAAUCUACUUCAUCAGUGCCGCCCUCAGAAAAAUCUGAUACAAGUGAUCUCGACUCUGUACAUUCAUUGCCUAUAGAAAGUUCAGGUGCAGCAGUUACCAAUUCCUCGACAAAUGCGACUAGUGCAGCCGGUACAACAAAGGUCCAACAAGCUAAACGCAAUAAGAAUAUAAAAGUGCUUAACUCAAGUAACAGCAGUACAACAAAUGUUGUUAGUGGUGUUGUCGGUGGCAAUUUAUCGAUAAAAACUAAUUCACCAGCGCCCAUUUCGUACGCAGACAUUGCCCGCACUAACAAAGAAGUGACAGUGGACAUGGGUCCUUAUAUCAAUCCAACUACUUCGCUAUCUUCUUCCACCUUAGUCGAAAGUAGCAAUGCGGUCAUAGAGAACACCAGUAAUUCUAAUAGCAAUUCUCUAGUGGCACCGAAUGAAGGAGAAAAAAUUAUUGUAAGUAGUGUAAAUAGUGCAGUAAAACUUCAUAAAGUGAAGAAAUCGCAACAAAAACAGGAUUUCCCGGAAUUGGUGGUUAAUAUCCCCGCUGCUGCAGGAUUGGAAGACACGCAGAAAUUAAGUGUCAAAUCGAUAAGUUAUUCGCAAAGCUUAACAACUACGGCUGCCGCGACAACUGUUAAUGUUUUAAGCGGCGGUGAUCUAAUGCCGGCAUCGACCACGGAGAAUAUUGUUAAUACCAAAGUGAAUACGUCAAGUGAAUAUGGAACAAGAACAGAUAGUUUAGUUUUGCAGCAACAACAGCAUCAACAGCAGCAACUACAACAGCAACAGCACCAACAACAACAGCAGCAGCAACAACAGCAACAGACAUUACGAAAAUCUAGAAGUAUUGAAAGUGAUUCAAAUCAAACCUUAGCAUCUUCCGCUUCGGUUGCAGUUAAUCCUGCUCAUGUAAUAAACACUAAUAAUCCGUGUGUCUCAUUUGCCGUUUCUUCUUCUCCGUCGUCGUCGACGUCGACGGCAUGUUAUAUGGCACCUUGUAACGCGUCCAAUCUAGAUCAACAAUAUCCCGCCUUAGAGAAGACUGUUAAACGCCACAAUAAUACGGUGGUAGCAACUGUUCACGGCAACGCACCAAUGCCUUUGGUCAAUCUUAGUCUCUCCAAUUCUACAAAUGCAGUAAGUCUACAUGCUAAUCCCGCUGGAAGUACUGGUGGUGGUUCAUUUAAUUUUGCGGCCGCUGCCAAACAGCCUUUAUCUGGGUCUGGUAAUGAAGGCGGUAAUACUGGCCACAGUACCAGCAGCUCUAAUCAAAAUACUAAUAAAUAUUUAGUCUUAACUACCUCAAUUUCAAACAACAACAACAACAACAACAAUAGCAAUGUAGCAUUUGUUAAUAGAAAAUCCAAAGAAAAAACACCUCCAGCUAACAGCUUUGCUGCCUGCUCUACAGCCGCAAAUAAUGUACUAAUUAAUAAUAAUUUGAAUGACAAUGCACCCUGCGCUAGAAGAUCGAAAAAAGACCGCCAACAGCAACAACAAUCAUCGAGUACGAUACCACUAAAUAGCAACAAUAAUACCAAAAAAUUUGUCAGUAGUAAUAGUACUGGUAGCAUGACAUCUCAGCAACCAAGAUCCGCAGCAAAAUCACAUUUAAAAUCUUCAGCGUCAUUGCCGCCCAUGUCUUUGACAGGCUCUAUAAAUAUCUCUAAUCGCCCGGCUGUUAUUAUUUUAAACGAUGACCGCAAUGCAAGCGGGUCUAGACUUGUUAAUGACUUUACUUUUGGUGAUUUUAAUGAAGAAGAAUUGAAAAUGUUUGACGAUGAUCAUGAGACUGGAGAUCUGCCUAUCCAUCAGGAUGAUUCUGAAAUCCGAAGAGGGCGGGAUUACUAUGAAAAAGUGACGUCUGUACCAGCUACUGCCACCAAGACUAGUAGUUAUUUACUUAAUGAUUCAGGGGCCUCUUAUUGCGCGGAUAUCACUCCCAAUAUUUCCUUUGCAGGGAGCAAUCAGGUCAGUGCUAUACCCACAUCCGUUGCUCAACAGCAGCCGAUGCCGGCACCAGCGCAAUCUGUUGAUAAAAGUGUUUAUAAUAUAAGUGGUGCAACGGGAGCAAACCGAACAACUCAGCACCUGCAACAACAAUCACAAAUGCAAUCACGUUUGUCACCGUCUAAACAGAAAAGCAACCAAUUAAAUAACUAUAUAUCUAAUAGUGCGUCAGUGAUACACUGCAGUAGCAGCAGCAGUGAAACAAAUGCACCACCUCAACACAAUUCCAUUGAUAAUUUAGAAAUGCAAUCCACAGUUCCUGCCCCUCAACAGCUGGAGACCUGCAAUGAUAUUGAAACAGCAAUUAUAGCUGCGGCGCGUGCUGCGCAACAAUUGCAAUACAAAACUUCAAACUCUUCUUCAAAUUCAAGUUCCUUUUCAUCAUCUUCAUUAGCAUCGGCAACAUCAUCGAUUAAUAAUUAUCCAGGUAAUAAUAAUAAUAAUAGCACGUAUGAUGCACGCAACAGAAUCAAUAGCAACAGUCACAUUGUGACUACCGCUGCAGCCGCGCACGCUAGAAGCCACCAUUUCGCCCAACAACGUUCGUUGUCCGGCAACAAUGUGCUGAAUUAUCAGGCGCAGCAACCAUUAUUAUCACAGUACGAGGCUGAAGGUGGUGUUGUCACUGCUAACAUUAAUUCCUAUACCGCAACUCCACGUAGUCGUAGUCCUAGUCGCACGCGACGCAUUUCCAUUGCUGGUACCACCGUUAUCAGCAAAGAAUACAGUUUAUAUUACAUACCGCCGACAUCUGGACGAUUAUCAACAUUGGGUGCACAACAUCAGAAUGAUAUAAUUGUAGAUUUUAUUGGAUCUGCUUGGGAGGAAAUAGUAAAUAGUAAAGUAACAAAGAUCUACGAUGGACAAUAAAUAAUAAAAAAUUAAAAAAAA